GUUUCUACAAAUCCCUUUGGUUUUGAUUUUUCCUUCGCGUUUGUCCUUUUGGGAUGACGCUCUUCUGUCGGGCUUCUCUUGUUUACCGAAAAGCAGCCGUCUUUCUGCGUCUCUAGUUUAGACGGGUACAGUGUGCUAUAUUCAAUAGCUAUUAGAUUAUUUUCGUCUGAACGACGGUAUUAGCUUUGGCGAGAGGAUAGGGGCAGUAGUCGCUGCCUGAUAGAGGCAGAAGCAGGGCGACCGGAGCUAUCUAGUCUGAGUGUGUGGAUUGAUAUAGUCAUGAGUUCCCCAUGACCUGAAUAAAGUUAGUGAUAUGAUAUGAGGUUGUUGCUUGGUCAAGUCAAGCAGAUUGAUACCCUAUUGCAAUGGCUUUUGAUGCCUGACAGAAAGCUUUUGCUGCUAAACUAAAUCUCCUGGUCAGGUUUUGUGUUUCUUCGUUCGACACAUUGGUCACAAUCUACAUGCAUAUGUCUGUACAUGUGUUUGCUACUGAUAUAUUGCUGUAUAUUGGUGUUUAUAUGUUUAGAUAAAUGUGCGUGGGAGGUUUGAGUGUGCUGGACUUAUGGGAUUCGUCUAGCAUAUGAAACUGUCGUUGGUAAAGAGCCCUUUAGUUGAAUGGAGCCUGCCCUUAAUGCAAAUUGGACAAAUUCUGAUGCGCAGUUUGUUUGAAACUGUAGUAGUGUUGGAUCUAUUACCUGAAGUUCUAGAUGAACCAUCAUAGUUUAGAGCAUCUGUAUAGUUUUUUUGGCUGUUUGUUUGAAGUUGCGUCUGACUAUGUUCUUGUUGUUGACUGGGGCUAUUUGAGUUAUAUACAUUAUGAUUCUAUAAAUGCAGUCAAGCUGAAUGCAAAUAGGAUGGUGGUUGGGACACUUCGUGGGUUUGACCAGUUCAUGAACUUGGUGGUGGACAACACUGUUGAAGUGAACGGUGACGAGAAAACCGAGAUUGGGAUGGUGGUGUUGAGAGGAAAUAGCGUCGUCACCGUGGAAGCUCUGGAGCCUGUAAACAGAGGAUAAUGUAGUCAAGACUCUGUAUUGUGUGUUGAUAUCUAUGCUGGAGACUUUUUAACUACCGUGUAAUCUGGCAGAUAUCAUUGCUGUUAAGUGUUUUAAAGUUUCCUUUGGGCUCUCAUGCAGCUACAGAUUGUAAACCAGUCAUUCCUAUCUUAGAGUGAGCGCAACUCUUUAGAUGUCUUUCUGUUUGGCAUCUUUAGAAGGUCAUGUAGCUAUUAUGGUGAACUGGCAUGAAAGUGAAUGAAAUCCAGAAUCCAGAAUUAGUUCUCUUCCAUAGA